CCUCCAGUCCAGCAGACAGCAGUAAUGCUCCUCUAGGAUGGUUUGCCGAUAAACACCAAAGACCCGGAAGAAGAUGAAGCGCGCUGGACAGACUCUCUUUAGUUUGAUAUUUCAUCAGCAGCUUCUCUUCUCUUCUCUUCUCUUCAUCAGGUCGACUGAGACCGCCAUGGCGUCCCCCCAGCGGUCCGUCUCUGCUGGGCUUCAAGCAGCUGUCUGUCUGCCUGGUGGACUGUUUGAAGACUCCUGUAGUCCUGAGACCAGCCGCGAGGCCGGAAGACGACUUCUCGGCCCUCGCUCUGAUGGCGCCGUCUGUCUGCUUGGUGGACUGCGUGAAAUCUCCAGGACUGAGCGGGCAGGCGGUCCACGCGGCAGCAGAACGGAGUCACGCCGGGGUCCGGGUCGAGGUAAAGGAGGAGGAGGACGACGACGACGAGCAGUCGAAGGCAGGCGACCGCUUUGAGAAUCCUCAGCAGAUGAACCGGGACCCGGACUGGUGUGACGCUGACGACGGAGCAGAGAUCAAUUUAUAUAAAGAAGAAGACGAGGAGUUUGAUUGUGAUGACAAAGACCCCGACUGGGAGGACGACGGCGGCGGCUCAGACGGCGAGACGUGGCUCAUACAGAACUAUGAACUAUCCCAUAAAACAGCUACGCUCUGUGAUGCAGGCGGUGAGGAUGAAGAAGCUUCUGAGCCGGGAGGUGGAGCGGAGAAGAACCAGCAGGAAGGUGCAUCCAAACCCCGACCUCACCGCUGUGAGGAUUGCGGGAAAUCCUUCGCAAAGCGGAGCAACCUCACCAGACACCAGGGGCACAGCUGCAACGCGACCAGAGGCACGCCGAGCCUGCCGGCGUCGUCAGAACAGGCAGCGCAGCAGGAGACGUAUUCGUGCAACGAAUGCAGCCUGACUUUCCGGACCAAACGGCACUUAAAGCUGCAUGCGCGCAGCGAAAAUCACGACGGUAAAGAAGUUUCAGAAGCGGCUCCGCGACAGAGAUGUCACGCCUGCAAGCAGUGCAGUAAGACCUUCUACAUGUUGCGCACCCUCCGGCAGCACCUCCUCACACACAAGGGAGAGAAAUGUUACCGCUGCGAGGUGUGCGGGAAGCAGUUUGGGAGGGAGGGCUCUCUGAAGCAGCACCGGCUGACCCACACGGGGGAGAAACCGUUCACAUGCGAGCAAUGUGGCAAGAACUGCGCCAGGAAGGGAGACCUCAAAACACACAUGCUCAGCCACUCCGAGGAGCGGCCGCACGGCUGCAGCCACUGCUUGAAAAGCUUCAAGCAGCUGACAAAACUGAAGCAGCACCAACGGGUUCACACGGGCGAGAAGCCGUACCAGUGCAAGUUGUGUCCAAAGCGGUUCAGGAUCCCGGCCUCGCUGGCGGCCCACCAGUUCACCCACUCGGGAGAGAAACCCUUCAAGUGCUCCCUGUGCCCCAAGGCCUUCAGCGUCCGGAGCAAUCUGAAGAAGCACCAGAUGAUACACACCGGGGAGAAACCCUACCGCUGCUCAUUCUGCGGCAAAGGCUGCCGACUCCUGCAGCACCUGAUCGUCCACGAGCGCAGCCACACGGGGGAGACGCCGUACACUUGCGACAAGUGCGGGAAAGGAUACGCCAAUCAGUCGGCCCUGAAAACACACCGGUCCGCUCACGAGGAGAAACCGCCACGCUGCUCCCUGUGUGGGCUCAUGGAGCUGGCCGGUCACGAGUGCAGCGAGGCGGCGGUGGCGGAGAAACCGCACCGCUGCUCCCAGUGCGACAAGCGCUUUACCCAGGCCGUGAGCUUGAAAACGCACCAGAUGAUCCAUUCGGGGGAAAAACCCUACGGCUGUAAAGAGUGCGGGAAGCGAUUCAACCACAAGAGCAACCUCACCAAACACAUACGCAUUCACACAGGCGAGAAGCCGUUUGAGUGUGAACACUGUCGGAGAGGCUUCAGGCUCCAACAGCACCUCACAAGUCAUCGGUUAACACACAACAAGAAACAUUAGACACUUUGGAGCUGAACUCACAUGGCAGAGUGUCCUUGGGGCUGAGGGCUGGGUGUCAGUACUCAAAACAAUGUAAGGUGGUCGCGCACAUCCAAAACCGUAGUAGAAGAAGGUCCGCACACUGUAGCUCCUUUUUAAGUGCAGUUCAUUGGCACAUCUUAGUGACGUUUCGAGCACCAGCUCUUCUUCAUACUCGACCGAAACAACCCAGUAUCGAAACUUCUCCAGUCAAACGACACCUGCAAUCAAUCCUUUUUGUGCCCAGAUCUAGAAAAAUGACUGUCUCACCACGAGCGUUCUUUGAUUGUUAACGCAACGUGUGAUUGAUCCUCUACUGCAUCAGCUGCAACUAGGGAUGUGACGGUGAGGACAUUUUCCCACCGGUUACACUAGGGAUGCACCAAUACCGGUAUCGGGUCCGAUACUGUGCUCAUGUACUCGUACUCUCAAAACGGCUCCGAUACCACUUUACAACAGCGCAACGUUAACCUCUUGUUACCAUCCGUGUGACAGAAAUCUGACUCCUGCUGCUCUGAGAUGCGUUCACUUUCUGUUUGUGGCGUCUGUCGUCCGACUACCUAUUGAUAAGACGGUGCUGAUAAGCCAAAAUGAGCGUAAGGGGUUUAUU